AAACCAUUAAAAGGAUUAAACGGCGAGCUUCUCCUUCCACUCAGAGUCUUACGAAGGAGAGAUGAUUUCCCCCAAAAUUAGUAAACAACCUUCUCUUUUUGAUUUCAUCUAUCCUUCAAAAGCUCCGGUGAGGCAGUUACCUUCCCCGUCUUAUCCACGUCAACGACAUGCUAUCAGAAGAAAUAUAGGGUUUAAAGGCCUUAAACUUCUAGCAAAAUUCCAGAAGCUCAAUGGAGUCUGUAGAGCUUCAAGUUCGAGCUCGGAAUCUGCUGUUGUUUCAAAUGACGUGGAAGAAGAUGAAGCGUCUGUUCAGCUUUUCGAGAAAUUGAAAAAUGCUGAGAGAGAACGAAUAAAUAAGUUGGAACAACUGGAAAAUAAAGCCAAUAUGCAGCUUGAGAGGCAGCUUGUCAUGGCUUCAUGUUGGAGUAGGACAUUAUUAACGAUGCAAGGGAAGUUGAAGGGUACAGAAUGGGAGCCUGAGAACUCGCACAAGAUAGACUAUAGUGAGUUUUGGAGACUUCUAAACUCCAGUAAUGUCCAGUUUAUGGAGUAUUCAAACUAUGGUCAGACAAUAUCUGUAAUUCUACCGUACUACAAAGAUGGAAAAGCAGAAGAAUUAGAAGGAAAUUCUAAGAGGGAAAUUGUUUUCAGGCGCCAUAUGGUUGAUCGGAUGCCAAUUGAUUGCUGGAAUGAUGUUUGGCAGAAGUUGCACCAACAACUAGUAAAUGUUGAUGUUUUUAAUGUGGACCCAGUGCAUGCGGAAGUUUACUCUACUAUGGCAACUGCUGUCAUAUGGUCUAUGCGUCUUGCGUUGUCUAUUGCUUUAUAUCUCUGGAUUGAUAGUUAUAUGAGACCAAUUUAUGCCAAGUUAAUACCUUGUGAUUUGGGAACUCCUACAAAAAAACCAAGGCAGCCCCUGAAGCGCCAGGCACUAGGAUCUUUAGGCAAAAGUCGGGCUAAAUUCAUAUCAGCAGAAGAGACUACAGGUGUCACCUUUGAUGAUUUUGCUGGUCAGGAAUACAUAAAAAGGGAACUACAGGAGAUUGUCCAAAUAUUGAAGAAUGAAGAAGAGUUUCAAAACAAAGGCAUCUAUUGCCCUAAAGGCGUUCUUCUUCAUGGGCCUCCUGGGACUGGUAAAACACUGCUGGCUAAAGCUAUAGCUGGUGAAGCAGGGCUUCCUUUUUUUGCUGCGAAUGGCACUGAUUUUGUAGAGAUGUUUGUAGGCGUUGCAGCAUCUCGUGUUAAGGAUCUUUUUGCUAGUGCCAGGACGUUUGCACCAUCCAUUAUUUUUAUUGAUGAGAUAGAUGCAAUUGGUAGCAAGCGUGGAGGACCUGACAUUGGUGGGGGUGGUGCAGAAAGGGAACAGGGCCUGCUCCAAAUAUUAACUGAAAUGGAUGGAUUUAAGGUUUCAACUUCACAGGUGUUAGUUAUAGGUGCAACAAAUAGAUUGGACAUACUUGAUCCUGCUCUUUUGAGAAAAGGCCGUUUUGACAAGAUUAUAAGAGUUGGUUUGCCAUCUAAGGAUGGAAGGUUGGCCAUAUUAAAGGUGCAUGCUCGUAAUAAAUUCUUUCGUUCAGAAGAAGAAAAAGAGGUUCUUCUGCAGGAGAUUGCAGAGCUUGCAGUAGAUUUCACUGGAGCAGAGCUGCAAAAUAUACUGAAUGAAGCUGGCAUUUUAACGGCCAGGAAGGAUUUAGACUAUAUUGGACGGGAGGAACUUCUAGAGGCCUUGAAGCGGCAAAAGGGCACAUUUGAAACUGGUCAAGAAGAUAGUAGUGAGGUUCCAGAUGAAUUAAAGCUGAGGUUGGCAUAUCGAGAAGCAGCUGUUGCUGUUCUUGCAUGCUAUUAUCCAGAUCCUCACCGUCCUUUCAUUGAGACAGAUAUUCGUUCGAUCCGUAGCCAGCCAAAUAUGCACUAUGCUGAAUCCUCAGGGAAGGUCUUUGCAAGGAAGUCAGAUUAUGUGAACUCUAUAGUGCGGGCAUGUGCACCUAGAGUAAUUGAGGAGGAAAUGUUUGGGGUUGACAACAUGUGCUGGAUCUCAGCGAAGGCUACAUCAGAGGCUUCCAGGCUUGCUGAAUUAUUGAUUCUGCAGACAGGGAUGACAGCGUUUGGGCAAGCUUAUUAUAGAUACGAAAGUGAUCUUGUACCGAAUCUUGCAGCAAAAUUGGACGCACUGCGAGAUGAGUAUUUGCGUUUUGCUGUUGAGAAGUGUUCUUCUGUUCUGCGGGAAUAUCAUUCGGCUGUUGAGACAAUCACAGAUAUUUUACUGGAGAAAGGACAGAUUAGUGCUGAAGAAAUUUGGGAAACAUACGAAAAGGCUCCACGAAUAACUCAGCCUCCUGUGCAUCCAGUUGAUGAGUAUGGUGCACUCAUCUAUGCUGGACGAUGGGGCGUCCAUGGGAUUUCUCUUCCAGGGAGGGUUACUUUUGCUCCAGGAAAUGUGGGGUUUUCAACCUUUGGUGCACCCCGCCCUCUCGAGACACAAAUCAUUAGCGAUGAGACUUGGAAACUAAUAGAUGGCAUAUGGGAUAAAAGGAUCCAGGAAAUUAAGAAUGAAGUUUCUAUAGAGAUUGAGGAAGAUAUGGAGAAACCACAGCUUUUGAUGGCAGAUCACUUCCUUUGAAAAUUUCAGUAUUUACAUUUGCAGGUGGGAUACAGCUUGAUUUGGAUGGUGGAUGAUGCCCCAAAAAAUACAAAAGAAGAUUUGGUUGGUGAAUAUACAUUUCUUUCCAUCCAGAAAGGCU